CAACCAACACCACCAUAGUAACCAGCUGCUGCUGCUGCCGCCCUCUUCUUUGUGUUGCCUUGUUGUUGGUGUCGCGCGCCCGCCAUGGCCGCCACCAAGAGCAAGGCGGCCAAGAAGGGCGCUCCGCUCCUCGGCAAGUACGAGCUCGGCCGCCUCCUCGGCCGCGGCACCUUCGCCAAGGUCUACCACGCCCGCUCCCUCGCCCCCGGCGCCGACCCCGUCGCCGUCAAGGUGCUCGACAAGCCCGACCUCGCCGCCGCCGGCGCCGGCAUGGCCACCCGCGUCCUCCGCGAGGUCGCCGCCAUGCGCCGCCUCCGCCACCCCAACGUCCUCCGCCUCCACGAGGUGCUCGCCACGCGCUCCAAGGUGUACCUCGUCAUGGAGCUCGCCCCCGGCGGCGACCUCCUCUCCAGGCUCGCCUCGCUGCCGUCGCGCCGCCUCCCCGAGCACGCCGCGCAGCGGGUGUUCCUCCAGCUGGUGUCCGCGCUCAUCUACUGCCACGCGCGGGGCGUGUCCCACCGCGACGUCAAGCCGCAGAACGUGCUCCUCGACGCACACGGCAACCUCAAGGUCUCCGACUUCGGCCUCGCCGCGCUCCCGGACUCGCUCCGCGACGACGGGCGCCUGCACACCGCGUGCGGCACCCCGGCGUUCGCGGCGCCCGAGGUGCUCCGCCGCAAGGCCUACGACGGCGCCAAGGCCGACGCGUGGUCCUGCGGCGUCAUCCUCUUCGUCCUCCUCGCCGGCCACCUGCCGUUCGACGACUCCAACAUCGCCGACAUGUGCCGGAAGGCGCACCGCCGCGAGUACGCGCUCCCGCGGUGGGUGUCGCAGCCGGCGCGCCGCCUCGUGUCGCGCCUCCUCGACCCGAACCCGGCCACCCGCCUCGCCGUCGCCGAGCUCGCCACCCACCCGUGGUUCAAGCGCUCGCUCAGCCUCGACUCGCAGCUCGGCAGCCUCCUCGGCGGCCAGCCGGAGCGGGAGCUGGCGUUCCAGGCGCCGCCGCCACUGAACGCGUUCGACAUCAUAUCCAUGUCGCCGGGGCUCGACCUGUCCGGGCUGUUCGGCGAGAGCAAGCGCCGCCGGGAGAAGCGGUUCGUGACGACGGCGUCGCCGGAGCGGACGGUGGAGCGGCUCGGCCAGGCGGGCGCCAAGCUCGGCUACUUCAUGGUGGGCAAGAAGGGCGUCGAACGCCUGCCCCUGGGCGGCCUCUCGGGCCUCGUCGCCAUGUCCAUGGAGAUGUCGGAGGUGUCGCCGUCGAUGAUGCUCGUCGAGCUGAGGCUGGAGGGAGGCGACGACGGCGACGGCGACGGCGGUGCCGAGGAGUUCGGGUGGGAGGAGCUCAGGGCGGAGCUCGGCGACGACGUGGUGAUGGCAUGGCAUGGCUGCGAUGGAGGGAAGAAAGACAAGGAAGGGAUUCUUUUGUAGGACAUGGACUUUGUCACAUGUAUGAUGAUGUAUAUUAGUAGGAUUUUGUGGCAUUGUUGUGUCAAAGAUUAUAGAUUGUUAGUUCAAUCUAAUUACGAUGUUUUGUGACUAAAUUGUUGGUAGGAAUGGAUCUAGAUCAUUUGUGAAAGCUUGAAGUUAGUGUUAAUACUUCAUAUAUUGGCCUUAGUGAUGAA